AUGGAUGAACGCGAACCCCUAAUAAGUGUUCCCGCCAACAGAUACCGACCACGUCAUCUGUUUAUCACUGUGACGCUUCUCCUGCUUUCUCUCGCAUUUGAACUGUACGGACUGUUCAUAACACAGUAUGUUUACGAAAGCACUGCUACAAGACUAUAUCCGAACUCCACAACGUUCAAAGACAGACAUGCGUCAAUGUGUAGUGUUAACAAGACCUCCGAGAGUUUCCGAGAGAGGACGGUAGUGCAGCAGACGACAACUAAAUGGGACAUGUACAAGUCUAUCGCGGAGGCUGUGCCAGCAAUCCUCACGAGUAGUGUUCUUGGUUCGUUGAGUGACAGGUAUGGACGUAGAAAGGUUCUGGUGGUUAAUCUCUCUGUGAUAUUUCUAGGCUUUCUGUUUACAACUAUCGGAGUUAAGUGUUCAUUUAAUAUUUACCUCUUUGUACUUUUUGCCGCCAUUAACAAUAUGGCCGGAGGUAUCUAUGGCGCAUUGUCCAUUGGUUUUGCAUACGUUUCAGAUAUAACUGAUUCAGGGAAGCCCAGGAGUUUGUUUAUCACCUUGUUAGAGGCUUCCAUUGGACUUGGAAUGACCGUGUCCGGACUAAUCUCCGGAUAUAUUAUCGAGAAGUUUGGUUACUUUUAUACCAGUUUGUGUUCGUGUUUGCUGUUAUUUGUUGGAUUACUUGUCGUACUGUUUCUUCUGCCAGAAUCUCUUCCCAACAUGGCGGACUCCACCGGAAAUACCACCGUACAGUCUCACACAGCCGCCACUACCGUCAGUAGCAACAGCACAGACGCCAUUGGCAGGGAAAAUAACACAGAUAAUGUUGACAGAAGAAAAAACUGUGCGGCAAAAACAUGUAACACAGUCAAGGCGUCGUUUGAAUUCUACUUCCGGUCGUCUGAUAAAAGAUUUGUAUACAUCGUGUGCGGCAUCAUUUUUGUGUUGGCGUGCUUUUCCAGACUAGGAAAGGGCAGAAUUGAGAUAUUAUAUGCACUUAACGCCCCGUUUUGUUGGUCUCCAGUUAAGAUAGGACAUUUUACAUCUAUAUCAGUGGCAUCUAGUAUGGUUGUCGGCAUAGCAGCCAUCAAACUACUACAACGAUUCUUUGUGGAGGAAGUCAUUGCCAUUUUGAGUGCCAUAUCUAAUACUACAUCUUGUAUAUUAGAAGCGUUUGCAUUCAACGACCUGACCCUUUUCUUAGUUCCUUUGUUAGCCGUGUUCGGAGUACUGACCAUCCCGAUGAUGAGAGCUAUCCUGUCCAAAAUGACGCCGCCUCACAAACAAGGUGCCUUGUUCGCCGGGAUCGCUGCCAUGGAGAUAUGUGUGAGUUUGACAAUCAAUGUCGUAGUGAAGAUCGUUUACAUGAACACCAUCGAGACGUUCCGAGGGACGGCAUUCCUUAUGUAUGCUGGAUUCUCUUUACUCUCCAUAGGCCUUCUGGUAAUUUAUCGCUGUAUGAAAACCCGAGGAAGGGCUUGGUGAAUUUUGAUGUUGCACAGUGGUAUAGACUACGGGGAGGAGGGGAGGAGGGCUUCGUCCUUACCUGGACGUCGCGACGGAUAAAUACAAGCCGUGUGUGAUUUUUCCUCUAUUACAUGUACGAAAUGUAUGCUAAUAAUAAACUUACGCUACGAACGAA